GUUAACUUAUUUACUGCAUGCCUGUUAUAUAUUAGGUACUAUGUACUAAAUGUGGGAAUCCAGGCAGAUAUGAUCCCUGUCUUUGGGGGCAAAAAGGACUAUUUGGCUGAUUAACGAUAAAUUGACACAUGUUUCUGUAUAGAACAUACACAGUAAUGUCCCCUCAAAAGAGAGUUAAGAAUUCCCAGGCACAAAAAAGAACUUCACAAGGAAGGAAUACUUAUCAAACCAGUCUCUCAGCCUGGAAAGUAAAAGAGAAACCAAGUGACUCAAAUAUCUGGAAACAAAAUCCAGUGGAAGCUCACGAACAUGUGGAUGAUCAAGCUGAAGACACUCUGCAAAUGGCAGUGGGAUACUUUGAGAAAGGUCCCAUUAAAACUUCGCAACGUAAAAAUACAAUUUUGGAAAAACACUUGAAAACUGUGGAAAAUGUGGCUUGGAUAAAUGGAUUAGCUCCAGAAACAAUUGACAUUUUAUUGAAUGUGGCACUCAGUGGCAAAUUUGGAAAUGCUAUAAACACACGGAUAUUGAAGUGCAUGAUUCCAACUACUUUAAUAUCAGAAGAUUCUGUGGUUAAAGCAAUCUCUUGGCUCUGUGUUGGCAAGUGUUCUGGUAACACCAAGGUACUUUUUUAUCGUUGGCUGGUUGCAAUGUUUGACUUCAUUGAUCAUAAGGAACAAAUUAACUUGCUUUAUGGGUUUUUCUUUGCUUCAUUGCAAGAUGAUGCACUGUGCCCUUAUGUCUGCCACUUGCUAUAUUUACUCACCAAAAAAGACAAUGUCAAACCAUUUCGUGUGAGAAAACUGCUUGAUCUUCAGGCCAAAAUGGGAAUGCAACCUCAUCUCCAGGCUUUGUUGUCACUGUACAAGUUCUUUGCUCCUACUUUGAUUUCUGUAUCUUUGCCUAUAAGGAAAAAGAUCUACUUUAAGAAUUCAAAGGAUCUUUGGGAUUCAGCUGUGCUUGCUGUGAGACUUAGAAACCAUGGACAUUUUUCUGAGCCUCUUAAACUGACUUUAGUUCCAGUUGAUUUACAUCCUCUAAAAAGAAAAUGGAAUUCUCACUCAGUUAUACCAAAGCUAAAUUCUGGUAGCUACACUAAAGGACAUGGAAAAAAGGAGAUGAGUCUUUCUGAUCAUCUCAGUUGCAAUAGGUCACUUCCACUAGAACAGCUUCAGAGCUUCCCUCUACUCUUACAAAACAUUCAUUGCUUGGAGCUGCCCUCUCAGAUGGGCUCAGUGCUAAACAGCUCUCUGCUACUUCACUAUAUUAACUGUGUCAGAGAUGAGUCCCUCUUACUGAGGCUCUACCACUGGUUGAGUCAAAUAUUACAAGAAGAAUGUAUUUGGUAUAAGAUGAAUGAUUAUGAACAUGGAAAAAAAUUUACCAACUUCCUGGACACCAUCAUCAGGGCAGAGUGCUUCUUACAAGAGGGGUUUUAUUCCUGUGAAGCUUUCCUGUAUAAGAGCAUUCCUCUCUGGGAUGGCCUUUGUUGUCGGUCACAGUUCCUUCAGCUUGUGAGCUGGAUUCCUUUUAGUAGCUUCUCUGAGGUGAAGCCACUACUUUUUGACCAUCUAGCACAGCUCUUCUUUACAUCAACCAUUUAUUUCAAGUGUAGUGUCCUUCAUAGUCUAAAAGAGCUACUACAGAAUUGGCUGCUGUGGCUGUCUAUGGAUAUCCACAUGAAACCUACGAUGAGCAGUCCUCUAGAGACAACUUUGGGUGGAUCCAUGAACUCUGUGGCUACACUGAUUCACUAUGUAGGAUGGCUGUCAACUACUGCCAUGCGCUUGGAGAAUAACAGUACUUUCUUAUUGCACUUUGUUUUGGAUUUCUAUAAGAAGGUAUGUGAUAUAUAUAUAAAUCAUGACCUUCCAUUAGUGGUUUUGCUUCCUCCUGGGAUCUUCUAUGCUUCACUUCUCAGCUUGGAUACCAGUAUCUUGAACCAGCUUUGUUACAUUAUGCACAGAUAUCAUAAAAAUUUGAUUGCUGCAAAGAAGAAUGAGUUGGUACAAAAGGCAAAAUCAGAGUUCAGUUUCAGCAGCAAGACUUGUCAACAAUUUAAUCACUAUUUGACAACCAUGGUUGGUUGCCUGUGGACAUCUAAACCCUUUGAGAAAGGAAUAUCUAUUGACCCCAAAAUCCUAGAAAAAUCUGGAGUAGUAAAGUUUAAAAACAGCUUAAAUAUAGUCCAUCACCCUUCUCUUCUGAGUUAUGCUGCUACUUUUGUGCUACAGGAAAGCCCAGAAGAAAGAACAAUAAACAUGAGCUCUAUUCAGGGGAAGAAAUGGAACUGGUAUUUGGACUAUUUAUUUUCAGAAGGGUUACAAGGCUUGAAAUUUUUCAUAAGAAGUAGUAUUCAUCAUUCUUCUGUCCCCUGAUUGGAAAGCAUAACCACAGCGAUGAACAUUAAAUAAUGAAAGUUGGCAUAAAACAAAUUAAGCAUGCUGAACUAAAUCCUUCCUAAUUGCUGGAGAGGCCAACUAGUUCAACUUGAGUUUUCAUAUUUAAUUCACUAACAGAUUACAAUCUGCAAGGAGUACUCAGACUGGCCUUUUGACUAUGGCUUAAGAAAACCCUGAUGUUGCUAACUUAUUUUUCACGAGUUAAAUUUUUAGCCUAUUUGUGAAAAAUUGCCUCUUCAUCAUCAGGCUCUGCCUUCCACAAAAUUAUGCACAAAGAGCCACAUAUGUUUUAUAAUGAAAUUUUUUUCAUUUUUGUGUACUAUAAGCUGCCACUGAUGAAAGAGAGCAAAUAUGGUAGUAUAUAUACAAGUAGUAGUUAAUCCACAGACAUACUCAUGCAAAAUAUUUUGCUAACUUCAUGAAAUCUCUAUAUUGCCAUUUUUUUCUUAUGUGAAUAGUACCAGGAUCAAAUUAAUAUAAUACAGUAUAUAUGAUUCUUGAGCCUAAAGUAACUGAUGAAUUCCUAGGUCUUUACUGGUAGCAAUUUAAAGAGGGAAGAGAGAGAAGAGAAGUAUGGCGAUAAUCAAGGUGUUUCUGUUUGUACUGGUUUGAUUUUAUGGAAAUGCUCUUAUUUUAUUUGUGUUUAUAUGGAUAUAUCUAGUUUUUAAAUAUUUAAACCUGUAUAAUUUAACUUUACUUGCAGAAGUACUUCUGAAGCUUUUUAAAAUUUUCAUAAUAGCUAAAAUAUG